AUGCUCAUGGUUCAGACGCCAGAGAAGUCCAUCUCUCGCACAGAAGUUGAAGAGGCGAGAGGCAGAGGAUGUGAACCAAGAAACAAGAAAAGAAACAAGAAAGAAGCCAAGAUGAAACUUCUGUUCGGCAGCCUGCAACUGGCCUCUCUCUGCGCGCUGUCGUCCUGGACGCACAACAACGAGUGCAAAAUGAACACCACCCAGAAGACCGCGCCCACUUCGCAGCCUCCUCCAGGCUCCACAGCUCCGGAGCCCAAAGGGGAAGAAGAGGAAGACUUGCACUGA